AUGCUUCCACAUUUGGUCAAUAAAAACGGUGAAUCUUCUCAACACAACUCAACUUAUACAAACUCGUCCAAUGUUGGAAAGAUAAUCUCGAGCGUUUCGGCCAGUCCCGUAUGGCCCGCGCCAAAGGGCUUGCAAGUGUUGCGGCAAAUCUGCCUCAGCCUCCCGCCGCAGUGUGUCCUCCAGCAAAGUCAAUGGGGCCUUAAAGAGGCUACCGCAGUCUUCGAGUUGAAGCACAUACUCUCCCCACGUAGUAUCGCGCGUCUACGUAAAAUACGCAUGGUUCAGAAGGUAACUGUGCAGAACAGCUGCAACCAUAGAGAGUUUAGCGGAGCAAUGAUCCUGCAUCCACAAUGUUGCGCUGCAGUAAAGCUUUCCAUAAGCCCGGCUGAACCGUGCCAAUAUUGGACAAGCAAAGAACACAACUAA